AUGUCACACUCAACAUCAGCGGCAACAUCGUCACCCACUCCCUCCGCACCCACAGAGCCCCUCUCCAUCCUCAUCAUCGGCUCCGGCAUCGCUGGCCCCACACUCGCCACCUUCCUGCUACAACAGUCCCCCUCGUCCUCCUCCUCCACGUCCUCCCCUCCUCCUCCUGCUCCUCCUGUUCCUAAGAUAACCCUCCUAGAGCGCCGCCCCUUACACCGCAUCUCGCACGGCCAAAACGUCGACGUGCGCGGCGCCGGCCUCACCAUCAUCCGCAAACUGGGGUUGGAGGGCGCGGUGCGCGCCGCCUCGACGGGCGAGAAGGGCGUCAAGUGGGUCGAUGGUCGGGAUCGCGUGUGGGCGGCUUUUGGGGCCGGGAAGGAGCCGGAGGGAGGAGGAGAUGCGGGGGCGGGCGCGGGGGCGCCGACGGCGGACGUGGAGAUAUUGAGGGGGAGACUGGCGGAGCUGUGUUUGGGGAGGUUGAGGGAUGUGAGUAAGGGGUGGGGGAAAGGAGAGGGGGUGGAGGAGGUGUUUGGCGAGAGGGUGGAGAGGUUGGAGGAGAGGGAGGGGAAGGUGUAUGUUAGGUUUAGGGGGGAGGGGAGGGAGAGCUGUUUUGAUGUGGUGGUUGGGGCAGAUGGACUGCAGAGUCUGACGAGGAGGAUGGUGUGGGGCGAGGAGGGUGAGGAGGAGCGCGUGAAGAGGUUGGGUGCGUACGGAGGGUUCUUCAGCAUGCCAAAGAGCGAGGGCGAUGAUGAGUGGCGGCGGUGGUUUCAUGCUGACGGCAGAAGGGGCGUGAUGUUGAGACCGGAUCGAGAGAACGGGCGGACGACCGUGUUCAUGUAUGUCGUCAACAACAAGGAUGCGAGGCUGAGAGAAGUCGCUGCUAAGGGCAGAGAGGAUUUGCAGGCGCAGAAGGAUCUUUUGGAGCAAUACUUCACCGGCGCUGGCUGGGAAUGUGAGAGGGUCCUGUCGCAGAUGCGGACAGCGAAGGAUUUCUACUACGACAUGAUCGGCCAAGUCAAGAUGGACGCUUGGAGUAAGGGCAGGGUUGUUCUACUGGGCGACGCUGGCUACUGUGCCUCGCCCUUCUCUGGCAUGGGCACUACGCUGGCACUCAUGGGCGCCUACAACCUAGCUGGCGCCUUGAAACGCCAUCCUCAAGAUCCGGGAGUGGCUUUUGCUGAGUACGAGGCGGAAAUGAGACCCAUUGUCGAUCGUGCGCAGAAGCUGGCGCCGGGCAUGCCGUGGUUCUUCAAUCCGGAAACAGCAUGGGGCGUGUGGGCGCUGAACUGUUUUGUAUGGCUGCUCCAAUGCUCCGGACUGAUCAUCCAGACGAUCAAGUAUCUAGGGCCGCCGGCAAAGAAGGUGGCCGUCAAAGACUAUGGCUUUCGAAAUUUGCCGGAGUGGUGGCUCGAUGGACAGAUGCACAUUGAGAGCAAGAAGGCACAAUGA